AUGUCAGCUAUUCCCGAGAAGUCCACCGUGCUUGUGAUCGGGGGUGGCCCUGCUGGAAGCUAUGCUUCGACAUUGCUCGCCCGCGAAGGACUCGACGUCGUGCUUCUUGAAGCUCUCAAGCACCCCCGAGAACAUAUCGGGGAGAGUAUGCUACCUUCAAUGAGGCGCUACUUACGGUUCAUCGACCUCGAGUCAGAGUACAGUCGCAGGGGCUUUAUGCAUAAGCCUGGAGCAGCUUUCAAAUUUAUCCACGGCGAGAGAGAAUGCUAUACGGAUUUCAGCGUGUUAGGUCCGGACAGGACAACCUGGAACGUCGUACGCGCCGAAGCUGACGAACUUAUGAUUCGACACGCCGAAAGACAAGGAGUCCAGGUCUUCGAAGAAACGCGGGUCGAAUCCAUAACCUUCGAGGACGACGGGGAGACGGCUUCCGCUCGACCAAUCUCUGCCAACUGGAAGCGUAAAUCAGGAGAAAUAGGCAUAAUUAAAUUUGAUUGGCUGAUCGAUGCAUCGGGACGCCAAGGCAUCAUGUCCACGCGGUAUCUGAAGAAUAGGAUUUAUCGGGAAGGUCUUAGGAAUGUGGCGGCAUACGGGUACUGGACGGGCGUCAAAGUCUUCGACGAGGGCGGCCCUCGCUCAAAUGCACCCUGGUUUGAAUGCCUGACGGACAAACUCGGUUGGGCUUGGUGCAUCCCCUUGCAUGACGGUACACAUUCAAUUGGCGUUGUCAUGCACCUGGAGACGUCAAAUAGAAAGAAGACGGAGGGGCCAAGCAGGCUCGAAGAUCACUAUAUGUCCCAGCUGAAGCUCGCGCCGGGGGUUAUGGAUAUGAUCGGGGAGCGCGGCAAGUUCGUGGCGGGCAGCGUGAAGUCCACCUCCGACUUCAGUUAUCAUGCAUCAUCAUACUCCGGUGACCGUUAUCGAAUCAUCGUAGACGCGGCGGCUUUCGUCGAUCCUUUGUUCUCUUCCGGCGUCCAUGUUGCGAUGACUGGGGCAUUGUCCGCCGCAAGCACCAUACUUAGCUCGAUGAAAGGGCAAGUUACAGAGUUAGAAGGACAGUCCUGGCACGAUGCCAAGAUCGGCAUCUGUCAGACGAGAUUCCUUCUUGUGGUCCUGAGCGCCUAUCGCCAAAUGCAGCACCAGGGGGAAAAUAAGGCUGUCGUCGCCGAUGUGAAUCAAUCGAGCUUCGAGCAGGCUUUCGCGAUGUUCAGGCCGAUUUAUCAAGGCGAAAAAGACUCCUCCGACAAGCUCACAGACACGGAACUAGAGAAUAUGAUCAGCUUUACCCGUAAUCUCUUCACGCCAACGACGCACCAGCAGUACCAGUCCGUCAAUCAACGCGUUGGGGAUCUCCUCAAGCUUGAUGGUCCAGUCGUCGGCCCAGAAGAGUUGGACAAAGUUCUCGAUGCAGAUGACAGCGAUGCAAGAGCUGCACUUAGAAGGAUAAACGCGUUGAAGGUUCUCAGAAACGACACCAGCCCUGAGAGCUUCACAUCUGAAAGCGUAAAUGGAUCCGAGACACCACUUGGUCUCAUGCCCAGCACCGUAACCAGAGCACCCAAACUACCUCAUCCGAGUCUUGAAAUCCCGUCUGCAGUAUCACCUUUCUUUUACAAAGCGAUGCCCAACGACGAGCACGUCGCUGCUGUCAUUCGCUCUGCGGUUUUGACAUCAGACUCUGAGUAUGAAUCUGAGCAGUAA